AUGUCUAGAGUUUCUUUGCUGAAAGAUAUCCAUGAAGGUACUGAUAGGUGGAGAGUCAUUGUGAGGGGGAACAGGAUCCAAGCAAGUGUUUUAAACAGGAACUUGCUCCCUCUAUACAAGGAUGCUCCAGUGGAAGGAAAUACCUACUUUUUUACCAACUUUGAGGUGUCUCCUAAUGUGAAUCAGUACAGGGCGACGGAAAACAAAUGGAAGAUAACAUUCACUCAACAAACUUACAUGAGGGAGCAAGGUGGGAAUAUUCCGCAUGAUGCCUACUCUUUUGUUCCACUUCCAGAGAUUGUUAAGUGUACUGAAAGGAAUCAUUUGGAGUAUCUGAUUGAUGUGGUGGCAUUCGUCCAAUCAAUUGGAUCUCUUGAAGAGUAUCAAAAGGAUAAUGAAACGAAGCACAAGUUGCGGAUGGUUUUAGUUGAUGAGGAUGAGAUUGAUGUGGAGUGUGUCUUAUUUGAUGAAUGCUCAACAAAUGCAUACACGGCUUAUUUGGAGAACAUGGAGAACCCAGUUGUUGUGGUCAUUAAUUUGGCUAGGGUUGGAUUCACUGAUGAUGCAUAUCUGACAUAUGACAGUGACAGUCUCAUUCACUUCAUUAUGCAAAUAUGUAGGUCCAAAGACAAAUUCUCACCUUCUCUGACUGUGCUAAGCCAGCAGAUCCCAUCUCAAUCUUCUCAACCUUCUGCUUCAGCAAUGAUGCGCAAUAACAGGAGGAUGAAUAUAUCUGACAUUGAACAUGAAGCAAGAGAGGAGGCAUUCAUUAUUAACUGCAAGGUCAUUAAGCUAGAGACUCGCCAUGGUUGGAGUUAUGAUGGGUGCUCAAAGUGUGCAAGCAAGCCUAAGGAGGAGAAUGGUUCGCUGCACUGCUCUAACUAUAAAAAGAAACCUCAAUCCGUCGAGCCUAAAUUGAAGGUACACUAUGUUGUGGAAGAUCAAUCUGGGAAAACUUCUGUAAUCUUCUGGGACAAGUUAGUUGUGCAAUUGUUCAACAAGAAUGCAACUGAAAUAAAGCUAACACUAGAGCAGUCAGGGAUGGAGGAAAUUGAUGAAGGUAGUUCAACAGCUGAGAUGAGUCCACCUCUUGGGCACUCAACUCCUACUGCACCUGAUAAUUCUGAGAGCCUGACGUUAGCUGAAAUAAGUAACCAAGCAUAUGGAUUUGGUGUUCUUAUAAAAGGCAAAAGGAAGACUGUUUCCAAGAAGUCUUCUGUUUUUGUGGAUCAUGUCAACAAUAUCAAUGACCCCUCAUCUUUAAAGGACCUGGGAAGGAUUGUGAAGGUCAAGCAGGAGAAGAAGUAG